AAGGAGCACUAUAUAAAUUUAUCACAGCAAGGUGCCAUAAACACAGUGUGGAAACUUUAAUCGCUUCUGUCAUCCAGGCAAUCGGCAGCUCUCACUGAAUGUUUAAGCUGAUUAUGAAUUGCUUGUGUACGGGAAUCAGUCCUUGUCUGUAUGAGGACGUGUGCCGCAGCGAGCAGACAGACAGUUCAGAGAGCGCGGAGACCACAGAGACCUCUGCCAGCCAGCGUCUUGAAUACCAGCCGGGCAGCGAGCUCCGGACAAGCCACCUGGUCCUGAAGAUGGAUGUGGCCCCGCCCAGCACCUCUCCUUUCCUCAAGCCUUUCGCUUUAAGAUACUCGGAGGCUUCGAGCCCCCGGGGUCGGAGGAGACACACGCUGCCAGCCAGCGAGUUCCGCAACCUGAGCCUGAACGAUGCGCUCAGCGUGUUCGAAAUCGAGAGGGAAGCUUUCAUCUCUGUCUCUGGAGAGUGCCCUUUACACAUGGACGAAGUGAGACACUUCCUAGAACUGUGCCCCGAGUUAUCCCUGGGCUGGUUUGAAGAAGGGAGACUCGUAGCCUUUGUUAUUGGCUCUGGCUGGGACAAAGACAAACUGUCGCAGGAUGCUAUGACUAUCCACGUUCCAGGAGGUUCCACUGUCCACAUCCAUGUCCUGGCUGUUCACCACAGAUGCCGUCAGCAAGGGAAAGGUUCGAUCAUCUUAUGGAGAUACUUGCAAUACCUACGCUGUCUUCCUACAGUCAAAAGAGCUGUACUCAUGUGUGAAGACUUCCUGAUUACUUUCUACCAAAAAGCAGGCUUUAAAGAGAUUGGACCUUCUGGUAUUGUAGUAGGUUCCCUCACAUUUACAGAAAUGGAAUAUGUUCUUGGCAGUGGUGCCUACUUGCGGAGAAACAGUGGCUUCUGAGUCAUGUUAAGUUG